AGACCCCGAAGCCGCAAAUGCCCGGACGGCCGGAGCAAGAUGUGCGGGACCGACAGAUAGACUGUGAGCGCUGGACAGACACGCAGAGCAUGAGGCAGGAACCUGGGUUCUACAUGACGAUGAAGCUCUGACAUUGCUGCAGAUCCAGUUCCAAGGCUCUAGCCCUCCUCUCUCUCACUGAGUGCUGCUGGUGAUGGCCAUCCCCAAGUGCUUCCUGAGCUCAGGGCUCUGGGAAAAGGACAGAUACCUUCAAGUGAAGGUGGAAGAGGAGGAGGAGGAGACUAGGCUCUCCCGGGGCCGGGAAUCUAGCCAUGUCCACACUGCUCAUCCUGAGGCUGCACGCCUGCGUUUCCGGCACUUCUGCUACAAGGAGGCAUCCAGCCCACAUGAGGCCUUAACCCAGCUUCGAGAGCUGUGUCGCCAGUGGUUACAGCCCGAGGUGCAUUCAAAAGAGCAGAUCCUGGAGCUUCUGGUGCUGGAGCAGUUCCUGGGUGCGCUGCCCCCCAAGAUGCAGGCCUGGAUGCAUUUGCAGGGCCCCAGGAGUGGAGAGGAGGCUGCUGUGCUGGUGGAGGAUCUGACUCAGGUGCUGGACAAGAGAGGAUGGGAGCUGGGAGGUGAGCCUUCAGAGGCAAACUGCAAGGAGAGCAAUUCAGAAGAGUCAGAGCCAUCAUGCAUGGCCAGUGAAAUCCUCAUGGGGGAACAUGAGGGCAGCUUCGAGAGGCAGGCAGGACCCUCAGGGGAGACCUGCACAACAUCUAUUGCCCAAGAGAUGGAUAUUAGGAAAGCUUCAGGGCAUUACAAGGAUGCCCUCACAGACCAGUUUGGUAGUGAAUCUGGUGCCUUGGGGAACAGUUCCAAUGCCUGGCCAAGCUUCAGCUCCCAAGAGCAGACUCCUCAAGGAGAAAAGUUUGAUCUGCUGGAUGGUUAUAGGACAGAGCCUCCACCCACAGACUGGGGCAGGAUGUCCUCCAAGUGUGGCAAAUGUAGGAAAACAUUCCAGAGUGCCUUGACCCUCGAGGCACACCAGAAGAGCCACUCUGGGAAGACGCCUUAUGCCUGCAGUGAGUGUGGGAAGGCCUUCAGCCGGAGCACUCACCUUGCUCAGCACUCGGUGGUGCACACAGGGGCAAAGCCCUAUGAGUGUAAGGACUGUGGGAAGGCCUUCAGCCGGGUCACCCAUCUGAUGCAGCACCAGAGGAUUCAUACUGGAGAGAAACCCUACAAAUGUGGGGAAUGUGGCAAAACCUUCAGCCGCAGCACCCACCUUACCCAGCACCAGCGGGUGCACACAGGGGAGCGGCCCUAUGAGUGUGAUGAGUGCGGGAAGGCCUUCAGCCAAAGCACUCACUUGACUCAGCACCAGCGCAUCCACACUGGGGAGAAACCCUACAAGUGUGAUGCAUGUGAGAGAUCCUUCAGUGACUGCUCAGCUCUGAUCCGACACCUGAGAAUCCAUUCUGGAGAGAAGCCGUAUCAGUGUAAGGUUUGCCCAAAGGCCUUUGCGCAGAGCUCCUCCCUCAUUGAACACCAGAGGAUCCACACUGGAGAGAAGCCAUUUAAGUGCAGCAAAUGUGGGAAGGCCUUCAGCCGCAGCUCAGCCCUUAUGGUUCACCUGAGGAUCCACAUCACGGUACUGCAGUGACUGGAAAUAGCCCUUGGGGCAUAGCAUAGUCUCCUCCCAGAGGCUUACUGCCUAAGAGAAACCUUGAGUUCUGAAAGAGCCAAGAAGAGGGUGGGUGAUUGAUGAGUCGCAACAAUGGCCAGUGCUUGAGGGCACACUGGGGAGCAACUCUGCCUUGAGCACCCAGACGAGGCCUAGAUGAACACAAAGGGACUCAGGCCAGCUGGAGAAGCUUCCAGAAGGAUCCUGCUGUCCUCUGUUUUCCAUAUAAGCCUGUCAAGAGAAAGGACAGCUGAGUUAAGGAUUUGGAUUGGUUCUCAGCCAGGGCAAAUGAAGGCAGGUAUCUUUCAGAACUCAAUGGUCCCCAGAUACUCUGGGCAGGCAGACUCCAGCUCCUUGUUCUCACUUGGCUGCUCUUCCUGCUCAUUCCUAUGCUGCUUAACCCAGAAAGAACACCUGCCUGUUCUGUGUCUUGUCACCUACUGUUUUCACACCACUCUAUCUUGUUCCUGACUGCAAGGUUUCCUCUUCCAUGAAUCCCAUUCCAGACCCUCUGUCUCUCUCAUGUUUUCCCUUUCUUACAGUCAGUGGUGCUGCUGGACACUUAGCCAACAUCUAUUUCUCCUUCCCCCUCUCCUUCCACAUCCUACCAGUCACCAGCCCUUUUCGCUUAACCUAAAGCUCAUCUCUAGUUCAUCUUCUCCUUUCCCUCUAUUGUUACCUUAUAUGAACCCUUCUUCUUGCCUGGAAUAUGGCAGGGUUCUUCUUCCUGACCCCCUCCUACCUUCAUUCUCCUAGAGGCUCUUUUUGUUAUCCAGAUCUGAUGGUGUCACUUUGAUGGUGGAAAGCUCUCCAAUGCAUCACCUGGGUCGCCUUCUAUAACAAAGCUUCCUAAAUGUCUAUAAGUAUGCCAAGAUUUAGGUUGCUUUGCACCCCAAGCAACCUCUUCAAUUAUCCUCACAGUAUGUGCCUAUGAAUAUUGUCCCUUUUCUGUGUGUGCAGUGAUGUGAAAAUAGUUUUAAGGUACUGCCCUAUAGGAUAAACCAAACUCCUUUACCUGUUAUCAUGAUUGUCCAUGGCCUGGCCUCAUGUAGCCUCACUAUCCCACCUUCCAUACAACAGCCUUGCAGAGCCACUGUGGUUUCUAAAGAAGCCAUACCUUUUCCCAUCUAUGUGCCUUUGUAUCUGUGCCUGGAACCUUCCUUUUCUCUUUCCAAUAAGAUGUUUUGAAUGUGCCUCCCUGAUACCAUUAUCAUGAAGGUGGUUUUCCCAGGGUGAGGCUCAUUCAUUGCACUCUGGAUGUGCUGACUCCUAUGAUUUCCCCAAAUGUGGGAAACUCAACUGCAUAAUUUGUGGUAGAAGGGGACAGUGUUCGCGCUUUCCCCAGUAAAAAAAAAAAAAAAAUAAUAAUAAUAAAUAAAUAAAUAAAUAAA